AUAUAAUCUUUGAAUAGCGGAAAGUGACAGUUGUAUCAUGCAUUUUGUUGUGUUUGGAUUUGACGAGUGUUGUUUGCAAAUAAUUAGUGAAAAUGGCGUAGCAAAAUAUCAUGACUGAAAAUUAUUGGUUUACAGGUGAUUACAUUGCUUCAUGGGAAACGGAAGUAAACUGUUUGUGAGAUUAACACUUUCCCGCCGGCAUCGUCACAGAUGUCAUCAUAAUUAUUUAUAGUUGUUGAUUGUAGAUGGUGGCUGAUUUUGCUAUAGAAAUGAACAGCAUGUUGUUUGGUUUUUGAUCUUCAGUUCGUAAUUGUUUGAACGUUUUCAAGAAUGCUAUAUUACGGAGAAGCUUUUGUUUCGUUGAUUAGACUGAGCAGGAUGAAUGAAUAUGUUCGGCGAGUUAACAGUUUUAAAGUAAUGUGAUAAUAAGCAGUUGUCUAAUGAGCAGCGAGCAGCGUUAGUAUUUCACGAUCUGUUGACUUCUAAAGAUGAUGUCUGGCGUAUUUGGAGCUUAUAUGGGGAAGAAGCAUCUGUAAGAUUUAAAAAGAUUGAAUAACAUGGUAGUUGAGACUGUGUUUUAUUUUCAGGUUGAAUGACCAUCGCAGAUAACAAUUCAUUAACAUCAAUUACAAGUUAUAAGCAAGCAUGAAGGAAAUAUUUAUAAACAGUGUUUCACUUCCAGCUACCAAGCAAAAAUUGUCUGACUGGGAUCCUUUACAAACAGUAUGUUUAGAACUAUCUGACAAUGUUGUGGCAGAAAGAAACAUGUCAGCUCAGAAAACAGCCCAACUUCUACAGAAUCAUCUAUCUCCAAAUAUCAUAAUGAAGACAGCUGAUUUGGGCUCUGCCAUGCCAGAAACAAGUAGUCUACAGUCUAAGGUUGACAGCUUGCGAACAGCAAUAUCAAAUAGCGAGAAUACAGGGGAGUCAUCAUCUUCACAAUCAGGUCGCCAUGAUCUUACACGUCAGCUGGCAGAAAUAUUGCUUCAUGGAAGAACAGAAACUAAUCAUAGAUCUGCUUUGAAUAAUGAUAAGAGAAAUCUUCCUAAAAUAGAAUCUCAGGCAAAGCAACAAAAUAAUUUAUUUGUUCCGUGCAAUGAUUAUGAGGAAAUAAUCUUGUUACUUCUCAUUAGUGAGGCAACUGCUGUUCACGAAGUGGUUUUAAGCCAAUCACCUGAAUUCAAGGAGGCAAGAGUCCAUGCUUUCAACAGAGUAGUAUGUGUUUAUGAUUUGCUUACUGUUUUGCUUGUACGAUGGGGGUGUUUUGAUAUACUACAUGAAUCAUUUGAAAGGGCAAUGAAAUUUUCAUUUGAGGAGCCACAUAUCUGGAUCCAAGAAGCAUUAUCACUUGCUUGUUUGGGAAAACACACAUAUUCUCUUAAAGUGCUGAAAGAAGUUUCUCGUUUGAUUCCAAAUGAUCCAUUCCACUGCUUGCUGGCUGCACGGUGCUGUUAUGAACAUCUUAACCAGCCUUGUGAAGGAACAGAAUGGAGUCACAUUGCCCUGACUCAAGCUUUGCGUUCUUCAGAAAAUUUGACUGCACGCUGUCAUCUCUUCAUUGGUAUUGGUUACAGCAUGCAGGCUUUAGUUGCAGUAAGUGAACAUAAUAAACGUGCACUGAAAACUCAGGCACUUCAAGAGUUCCAUGAAGCACAAAAGCUAGAUCCAAAUGACCACUUACCUGAAUAUUAUCUGGGGUUUCAGUAUGCUCUGGAAUAUCAGGUACAAUUAGCAGUCACACAUGUCAAAAGAGCUCUGAACUUGCAGUCUGAGCAUCUCUCAUCUUUGCAUUUACUAGUUCUUCUUCUGUCUGCACAGAAACAGAGUGAAGAUGCUCUGCAGCUAAUUACUGCCACCUUAGAGGAGUAUCCAGAUUGCAUAAACCUCUUAUAUACUAAAGCUCAACUGGAACUGCAGAGUGAAGGAAAAUCUCAAGCAUUGUUAACUGCUAGACGUCUUCUUCAUCUCUGGAAUAAUUUGUAUAAGGAGCAUGUAAGUAAGGAGAAUACAGGAAGAUCAGAAAAGCACAGUGAUAACCAGAGCACUUUUAAGAUGCAUCAGUCUGUCUUGUCGGAUAAAGACUCGACAUCUUUACAGAUGUCAAUUGCUCCAUCUCAUGUAGAGCAAACAUUAUCUGAUGUUGCAACAUCACUGAGUUCCUUUGUGCCCCGUCCAGGUCCACAGAGCUUGUGGCUUCUUCAACUUAAGGUGUGGUUGUUACUAGCAGAAAUUUAUAUUUCACUGGACAGUAUCUCAGAUGCUGCAGCAUGUCUUCAGGAAGCACAGAAUGUUUAUCCAAUGUCCCACAAUGUUAUGUAUGUACGUGGUUUGUUGCAUGAGCACAAGAAAGAGUAUUCUGAAGCUGUACAUUUUUUCCAGAACGCAGCAUCCAUAAAUCCUCAGCAUGUUGAAAGUCUUCAGCAUCUUGGACUUGUGUACUACUACCUGGGGAGCUAUAAUUUAGCAGAGAAAACAUUAAGAGAUGCUUUGAAAAUUGAUCCCUCUUCCUACAAAACUUGGCAUUACAUGAGCCUUGUGUUAGAAUCAUUGGGUGAGUUCCAGUCCGCAACUGACUGCAUUGCUGCAGCCUUAGAGAGAGAGUCAACUUGUCCUGUACUACCAUUUUCUGCCAUCCCUUUUGUGUUUGAUUAACUAUGCUAAAUGUAAUUGUAAAAGAAAGAAAUGUGUCACCUGUGCUCUGUAUUAGACCUCUACAUUGACCUACCUGCUGCAUUUCAAAAGCAAAUCUUAGAUCCCUCAGUGAGAAGACAGAGUUUGAGGUGUAGUGUGGUGCAUGAGGAGCCUAUUUGAAAGAAGACUGAUUACAUGUAAGCUGUUUGUAGUGGAAAGUAAAUAAACAUUUAUUUGAUUGUGCAGAUUUCCCAAAGUUUUGUGUGAAAUUUGCUGGUCCAUGGGACUGACAAGCUGAAGUUUCUUGUCUAGUCAAAUAAGUACAAGAAAUAUCAUUCCUAAUUAAAGCUUCUGUACUAAUGGUUCUGUCUAUAUUUUCAUAAAAGAUAUUUAUAUUUUCUAUAUACAGGUUGCAGUUUAUAUGUGCUUGUUUUGUUAUUUGUAAAACUGAACUGUUGUACUAUUUUAAUAUGUUCCAUACAGGCUUAAUAUGAAGUUUAAAUAUUUUUCUUAAUAACAGCACUACCUCAAUGAACUAACUGGUACAUAUCUGCUGCAAGUUAAAUGAUAAAUAAAAAACAGCUAAUUUGUAAUAUUGAUGUAUGUUACAGGUACUUACAAAAUAAAUAUAUUUACUCUUAUUA